AUGUCAAACACGGCCAACCACUCGGGCGAACCCGUCAAGCGGGACACCGGCCCAGCCGACGGGACUGUCGUCGUCGUCGUCCCAUCAAGUACCACGGUGGUCUCUGGUGCCACGGCGCAGCGCCCAGGCCAUGGGCCGUCCCUCGCCCGGAUCAGAGAGGCGGUCGCGGAGGAGCAUGAUCGGCAAGGAUACGACCCGCUCAAGCGAUGGGAGGAUGAGGCAUUCAAAGAUGGGCCGUGGCAUGGCUUUGGGUCGCGGAAGGACUGAUACCUUGCCAACCGUA